GUCAUACUCAAAACUCCGAGGUCUAAAGGAAGUCUUUCCGCGAGUGCUUUCCGAACAAUACGUGGGGAAGCAUAACCGAGAACCAGUCGACUGCGGAGGAUCGCCCUGUAGAAAAGUCAAGAGUGUAGUCAUAGGAUUACCAGAAUAAUUACUUUGCUGCUAUUCUGAAAGACAUAAAUACCCUCGUUAUUCUCUCUUUCAUUGCCCUCAUCUUCUCUUCUUCGCACGUAUCAAUCUGUCCUCCUACUAUACUGAGCUCUACUCAGUACAUCGCAUCACUCUAGCAUCGACCGGGCCAGAUCCCCCCACCGAUCUUCCCAACAACAGGCAUUGGCAUUCAUUGCUGUUUUAUCUCCUUUUCGUCAUCUCAUAAAUAGCCAUCCCUCUCAUCUUUUCAAUUCUGCAUUCUCAUCUUCUCAUCUUUGCAUUUACAUUUUCACUUUCACUCACGUCAUCUCUGAUUCUCUACAUACCACAAUGGCUGCUCCCCGUUCGUCUUCGUUGCGUGCCCUGCGCAUUCUCUCUCAGCAGAACCCGGCUACUCCCUGCCUUCGUCGGAACCUCCACAUCACUGGCGCUCAGUCUGCCCAGCCUGCCAAUGUCGCAGACAGAACCUCUCUGUACUCUGCUCAGACUCUUCCCGAUCUCAAGUCGGAAUGCAAGAAACGGUCUCUGACUGCUGGCGGUAGCAAGAAUGAGCUUGUUGAACGUCUUGCCAACCAUGACUUCCUCCAGUCCCGUGCUUUCAGCAUCGCCAUGAGAAGAAUCAACGGCAAUGCCUUCGCAGACAGCGCCAGCCGUGAAUUCAACACCUCCCGCUCCCAGAAAGCCGUCAAUGACUCAUCUACCGUCGACUUUGCCUACAUGCCCUCGAUGGAAGAGCUCCAUGCGUCGGCCCCUAACCCCGGCCCCCGCAUCCCGAUCCUUCCCGACCUCUACAAAUCUGCCGAACCCGCCCUGACCACUCCUACCGCGGCCACCGGCAACUACCCGCCCAUGAAGCCCCAGGUUUACACCGUGGCUGGCUCCACCUCCGACGUGGCUGCCAGUCCCCUGUCGGAAGUUGUGGACAACCAUGCCGUGGACAUCGACCCGUUCUCGCUGACUGAGACGGUCGGGCGAUCGCGUCUGGGUGAGAUGCUGCAGCGGCAAGGCGGGUUUUCUUUUAGGAGUUCUCGCCAGCCCGGAGAAAAGGGGGUGAUUGGGGAAUUAAUGAGUUCCAUGGUGGAGGACAUUUUCCCUAAGCAGCUGCGGAAGUAACGGAUACCCGGGAUGACUUUCUUUUGUUACUUUCGCGUUUGUCAUUAGCGUUUAUGAUUUAAUAGCCUUGGCGGUUGUUCUGUUCCUUUCUUGUGUUGUUAUGGUUAGGGAUUCAAUAAUACCAAUUACCGCCGAUUGACGGAC